AUGAACUUGCCCUUGAUCAUGGACAUUCGCCACUUGCGGCUGCCGAGUGGAAGUGGCUCUGUGUCUCACCUCACACUGCGGCAGCGCGAGAGGCUUGGACAGGAGGUGCGUCUUGCUGAACGAACGAGGGCUCGGGCCUGGCGAGCCAGAGCCCAGCGCAAGCGAGAGGCGGGUAGCAGCGGCUUCUCGGCCGAGGAGACGCGAGCGGCGUCCUGCAGGAGGCGCUCGGCCCCAGGGAAGCCCUCGCUCGGGACCCGCGUGCUGCCACAGCCCCGGGGGCCUGGAGGGGCCCGUGCGCCGAGCGCAGGGCCCGGGACACGCGCCCGGGCCGGGUCCGCGGCUGUCGGCAGCCGGACCCCGGUGCGCAGGCGGCUCGACCUCGCCCUCCACGAGGCGGGGCUUCCUGGGCUGCAGGACGGACUCGGCCGGCGCCUGCGGGCGGCCGCAGAGCUGAAGGCGCAGGGCCGGGGCAGUCCGGCUCUCCCAGGCCGCCGAGCGCGCGGUCCUCCCACGGCCCAGAGCCGGGUGCAGCCCGGCCGCCCUGCAGGAGGCGGCCUCGACUUCUGUUGUUCGUGCUGGGCUCGGGAAGGCGGAGGGCGCGGCCGGGAGAACGGGACUCGCCCCGCCGCACAGGCCCGCGCGUCGCGCCCUCCCCUUGCAGCACAGGCCCCAGCCGCUCUCGGGCGCCGCGCGGGGGAGGCGGCCCUGCAGGGGCGUCCCCGGGGCGCCGACGCGUGCCCGGCUUCCUGCGAGCCGAGUCCCCCCCGCGCGUCUCCGGGCCUUUGUAAGUUGUCAAAUUUCCCACCAGCCCAGCGGAUCCAGCCUCUUCCCAGCUGUGAACAGGAGGGCCUGGUUCCUAAUUCUUGCCGGCAGAAAUUGUUCUCACUGCUGGUGUUCUGCAAGGUGGAGCCCACAGGUGCCAAGGGGAGCAGAACCCUGAUGGAGGCCACUGCAGCUGUGAAGGCCGCUUUCCUGGCGCAGGCCCCGAGUGGCAGCCGGCCAGCGGAGGAGCAGGCAGCUCGGAGCACAGGUCCUGCACCACAGCCCGGCGCCCCCAAGGGAGAGGGCCACAGAGGGGGGCCUCCCUGGGCGCCGGGGUCUCUUGGCCUUUGUGAAAAUGAGGAAGCUGGAGAACGGCCCCGAGGUUCCCCUCGAGGUCCGGUCAUUUCUGAGAAAACCGCAGGACCGAGUGGCGGCGAGUCAGGCCCCGGGGCAGGGGGAAGGCGUGGCUGGAAGGGGCGGCCCUUCCCGUGCAGCGCCUGCGGCCUCAGCUUCAAGUGCCCCUCCGACGCAGCGAAGCACCGCAGCAUCCACUCGGGGGAGAAGCCGUACGCGUGCAGUGACUGCGGCAAGGCCUUCAUCCACAGCUCGCACGUGGUCCGGCACCAGCGCGCGCACAGCGGGGAGAGGCCCUACGCGUGCGGCGAGUGCGGCAAGGCCUUCAGCCAGAGCUUCAACCUGCUCCGCCACCAGCGCGUGCACACGGGCGAGAAGCCCUACGCCUGCCAGGACUGCGGCAAGGCCUUCGGCCAGAGGUCGGACGCCGCCAAGCACCGCCGCACCCACACCGGGGAGAGGCUGUACGCGUGCGGCGAGUGCGGGAAGCGCUUCCUGCACAGCUCCAACGUGGUGCGGCACCGGCGGACCCACCACGGGGAGAACCCGUACGAGUGCCGGGAGUGCGGCCAGGCCUUCAGCCAGAGCUCCAACCUCCUGCAGCACCAGCGCGUGCACACGGGCGAGCGGCCCUUCGCCUGCCAGGACUGCGGCCGCGCCUUCAGCCGCAGCUCCUUCCUGCGCGAGCACCGCCGCAUCCACACCGGCGAGAAGCCCCACGAGUGCGGCCACUGCGGGCGCGCGUUCCGGGCGCUGUCGGGCUUCUUCCGGCACCAGCGGCUCCACACGGGCGAGAAGCCGUUUCGCUGCACUGAGUGCGGCCGCGCCUUCCGCCUGAGCUUCCACCUCAUCCAGCACCGGCGGGUGCACGGCGCCGAGUGAGCCGGGGUGCGCGGUGACCAAGUGGCAGAGCCGGCUGCCCGCCUGCCUCUCGGGCUGCGAAAGCCUCGCCGGGGUGCAUCCACCUUGGCUCGGGGAAGGGGAGGCGCUUCCCCGCGGCAGGGCAGGCCCCAGGGGUCUGUACCGGGCCUGCCACCGCCCGCUGCCGAGACGCCCUCCCUCCCAGGGUCAGCUGCAGCGACUGUCUCAUUUCCUGCGGAGGGCACUGGCCGGUGAUUGAAUCGGUCAUUCCUACAGCCAGGCCUCCAGCAAAACCCUGCAUGGGGCUCGAGCUUUGGGUUGGUGAAGGUGGGGGGUGGUUAGGCAGGGGGCGCCCAGCGAGGGCGUGGAAGCCUUGUGCCCUCCCCUGUGCUUUGCCCGUGAGCGGUUCAUCCAUGUCUUUUCAGUCAGCUGGUCCAUAUGGUCCCGAGAUGUGUGUGCUUAGAAAAGUAUGGAACCUAGCCCGACGCGGUGGCUCCCGCCUGUAAUCCCAGCACUCUGGGAGACCGAGGCGGUGGAUCACAAGGUCAAGAGAUCGAAACCAGCCUGGCCAACAUGGUGA